UCUUUAAGGAGAGAAGGGCGGAACAAGGUGUCACAACCUUCACUCUUCAGCUGAUCUACGGCCUGGUCAUCUUUCCAGAGUACGCUCCUUUCUCUCACUCUGCCGUUGUGGACGCUGUACUGCUGGACAUUGUGCCACCCUCAGUCACUGGCUACUGUGAUCAGGAGAACUUCCACAUCACUGUGGACUACAGGAACCAAGAGCCCUUUUUUGUGGUCUUGGUUGGCAAGCGGCUGCUUAACCAUGAGUUUGCUCAACAGUAUUUAACAGAGGGCGACACAGACUUCACCAUCACGUUGCCCUUCUCUUCGCCGGACGCAGUGUUUGAGUCGGUUCACUCGUCGGCUGUCCGGAGCAGACUGGAUGUGGCUCUGUUGAAUCCUUACAACAACAUGACCAUCAAAUACUUUUCCCUGGCUUGCAGCUUCCUCAAAACGCUGACUGAGUGUUUCUCUAACGGAACGAUGACUGCGCUGGCAGUGAAGGUGGAGUCUGCUCCCGGUCUGAACCCCGGUCAGCUGACCCUGAGCGACCCUGCCUGUGGUCCCACCUACAGUGACGAUCGCUUCGCCUACUUCCACUUCACUGUGAACUCCUGUGGCACCACCAGGAAGUUUAUCAACAAUGUCAUGCUGUAUGAGAACGAAAUCUCCUUGCCAGAUGAACUUGAGGUGAAGCUGAAUGCCACGACGUCUUCAGAGCAGGAAUAUCAGUUAAAGGUUUCCUGCUCCUAUGUGGCCAACAUCACUCGCACAUUGGCCUUCCUGACCAGGCCGCGUGACAACGAGCCUUUUGCCGAGACUGGGACGGGUCGACUAAUGGUCAGAAUGAGACUCGCUCAGGACGCCUCGUAUAACACAUUCCACCAGGAGGAGGACUAUCCAGUGGUGAGGUACCUGAGACAGCCUCUGCACUUUGAGGUGGAGCUGACCACGUCCUCUGAUCCCAAGGUAGCGCUGGUGCUUGACCACUGCUGGGCCACCCUCAACGAGGACCGCGACUCCCGACCCCGGUGGAAUCUCAUCAUUAAUGGCUGUGAGAACCCCGAGGAUCCAUACCGUGUGGUCUUCCACCCGGUAGAAGCUGACGCCAGGGUCCGCUUCCCCCCUCACGUCAAACGCUUUGAGGCCUAUAUGUUUUCCUUCGCCGGUGAUGCGGUUGAGCCGAGUGGCCAGGUCUUUGUCCAUUGUGAUGUGGUCAUCUGUGAUGCCAGUAGUCCCACUGGCGGCCCCUGUAGUGGACAAUGUGUGAAUCAGGACAACCUGAAAAGAGGUCAACGACAUGUCAAAGACUUCUUUGAGGAGCGUCAUGUAUAUGUUUCUUCUGGAUACAUUCUUUGGGUGUAAUGUAUUGUUCUAACAUGUCAAAUAAAGUGUUCUAUAUAAAACAAUCCUAA